AUGGUUCUGGACACAGAAGACUGGGCUGAUGAGCUCCCACCAGAACAAAUUGCCGUUCUACGCAAAGCGUUUGAUGGCUUCGACCACAACCGCUCGGGCAGUAUCCCCUGCGACUUCGUAGCUGACAUCCUUAGGAUGAUGGGACAGCCCUUCAACAAGAAAAUCCUUGAAGAACUUAUUGAGGAAGUUGACGCUGACAAAUCUGGCCGCCUGGAAUUCGGCGAAUUCGUAACUCUCGCUGCCAAAUUUAUCGUUGAAGAAGACGCCGAGGCAAUGCAGAAAGAACUCAGAGAAGCUUUCAGAUUAUAUGAUAAAGAAGGCAAUGGCUACAUUCCCACAUCGAGCUUGCGCGAGAUCCUGAGGGAGUUGGACGAGCAGCUAACGGAUGACGAGCUGGAUGGCCUCAUUCAGGAAAUCGACACAGACGGCAGCGGCACAGUGGACUUCGAUGAGUUCAUGGAGAUGAUGACCGGAGAA